GAUUUUAAUUGCGAUUGAUUGAUAGAUUCAAGGAGACUGAGUAGAUUUGGAGGGAGUCUGUGUUGUAACUUUGUAAAGUAAGGAGGGGAUAGAUGGAAGCGAGUACCAAUGAUAGAAGCAGCAGCUUCAAAGACGCAGAGCUUGAGCUCUACACCAUCCCUGCUCAUUCCAGUUGGUUCGUAUGGGAGGAUAUUCACGAAAUCGAAAGACGCGAGUUUGCCGAGUUCUUCAGUGAGAGCUCCAUCACUCGAACCCCCAAGGUCUACAAGGAGUACAGAGAUUUCAUCAUCAACAAGUACAGGGAAGACGACUCUUCUCGCAGGCUCACCUUCACCAGCAUCCGCAAGCACCUCGUCGGCGAUGUCAAUCUGCUCCGGAAAGUGUUUCUCUUUCUCGAGAACUGGGGCUUGAUCAAUUUCCUCAACAAAAGUGAUGAUGGUUCCAUGGAGGAGAGUGAAGCUGAGAUCGAACUAGGGACUCCCGCUGGGAUUCGUGUCACUGCUACUCCGGUUUCCAUGAGGCCUGUCACCGUACCUCCCCUUGUUGAGGAAAGAGCUGAGCCUGCCUUCAAGUUCUCCCCACUCACCUCUUAUUCUGAUGUUUUCACUGACUUGAAUAAGCCGUUGCUUUGUGGGCAUUGUGGAGAAAGUAGCUGUGAUUCUGCUUUCUAUCAACAUACCAAGAGUCUUGUCACUUUAUGCGACAAGUGUGGAGACUGUGGGGAGAACAACUCCGCACAUGAUUUCAAGCUGAUUGCUGCAGCUGCCUGGACCGAGGAAGAGACCCUCCUCUUGCUAGAGUCUGUGCUCAAACAUGGAGACGAUUGGGAACUCAUUACCCAAAGUGUUUCUACAAAGUCUAGACUUGAUUGCAUUUCCAAGCUCAUUGAGCUCCCUUUCGGAGAGUUUCUGAUGGGAUCUUCCUCUGGAAGACUCAGAUCCUCUAUCCCCACCUCCGAGGAUGAAAACCUUUCGUCUCCAUCUAAUCCUUUAGAACAGAUGAAAGCUGACGGUCUAGAACAAAAGGAAACGGAGACGAGAGAAGAAAAGGGAGAUGAUCAUGUCGUCGAUGAAGAUGAGCCUCCAGCAAAAAGAAAACGUGUUGCAAUGCUAUCAGAUGGUGGUGAUAGUUCACUUAUGAAACAGGUCGCAGCAAUGGCAUGCAAAGUUGGUCCAUCUGUCACAACAGCUGCUGCAAAAGCUGCAAUCGCUGCUCUUUGUGAUGAAGCCUCUUGUCCAAAAGAUACUUUCGAAACAACUUGUGAUUUCACAGAUUUUGCGGUUGACAGAGCUGAUGGAGACAAAGGUACAUCAGAUAUGGAGGAACAGCAAGAAGACAAAGAGGGACCUCAGGAUCUACCUGUAGCUUUAAGGAUGAGAGCGUCAGUGGCAACAGCUCUUGGAGCUGCGGCGGCUCACGCAAAAAUACUGGCUGAUCAAGAAGAAAGAGAGAUGGAACAGUUAGCUGCGAUUAUAAUAGACCAACAGCUGAAGAAGAUGAAGAGCAAGUUGAAGUUUCUGGACCACUUGGAAUUGAUAAUGGAUGCGGAAGAACAAGUAAUGGAGGGCGUAAAAGAAACAAUUCUCCAAGAGAGGAUUAGCGUUUUGCAAUUCGCGUUUGGUAGCGGUAUAACAAAACGCUGGGAUCAUACGUAACGUGAAAUAGGUGAUCCUUUGUUGGUCCGUAGGAGGAUGAUGUUUGAGAUUAGAAAUGGAUGUGUUUUUGCAAGACUUUUGUCCUUUGGGUGGUCUCUCUUGUUAUUAUUAAAUGUAGAACGAAGGAGGGUCUAAUUGACUUUAUGAGUUAGGUUGUUACAUUUACAUACAUCUUUUGUAGAA